GUGUAAAAUCCAUCUCAAACUCUUGGUCCAGCCAUUGCACCUCUGCUGCUCUGGUAUCAAAUCUCCACCAAGAUGAAUAUCUCUCAGCCAGUUCCCUCCGCUAUUGGAAGCGUUGACUUUGGCUUUCUCGGUGCUGCAGAGAUCAAAUUACUUUCCGUGAAGAAAAUCGACAAUCCGCAAACAUUCGACACACUUUUGCACCCAGUUCCUGGCGGAUUGUAUGACCCAGCUCUUGGUGCUUGGGGUGACCACUUGUGAGCGUCAUUUCCAACAGCUUCUUAGAAUACUUUGCUGAUAUCUUCGAAAGUUGUACAACAUGUAACCUCAAUUCAUUUGGAUGUCCGGGCCAUAUGGGCCAUAUCGACCUUCCAGUUCCCGUAUACCACCCUACAUUUAUGGACCAACUCUUGCGGUUACUACGAGCAAAAUGCGCCUACUGUCAUCACCUCAAGAUGUCUCGAAAAGAAGUGAACCGGUAUCUCUGCAAACUUCGACUGAUACAACAUGGAUUGCUUGGACCCGCGGAAGAGAUAGACAACAUCGAGAUCUCCCAGAAUAAGGAUGCUGAAGUCUCAGCUGCAAGUAGCGACUCGGAGGAAGAAUCCGCGGUUGAUAAUGUCAUCCGCCGGAGGAAUGCAUUUGUCAAGAAGUCGAUCAAAGCUGCGAAGACUUCAUCUUGGGAGUGGAGACGAGAGAAGAAUGAGGGUGUUGCAGAGGCGAGGCGGAUUGUCGUGAAAUCUUUCCUAAAGGCAAUUAAUGCUGGCAAGGCCUGCGGAAACUGCAGUGGAAUCUCGCCUACCUUUCGGAAGGAUCGAUACGUCAAGAUCUUUGAGAAGUCACUUAGUAUGAAGGAGAAGGCUAAGAUGUCUCAAGGAAACUUCCGCGCAGUUAGUGCCAUUCAGUUAUUGCAGUCAGCAAAGAAGGAAAACCUCAAUGACGAUUUUGACGAAGGAAUUGCGGAUAUUGACCUGUCGUCAAACGAGGAUGAUGAGGGUGAGGGGGAUGCACUUGAUGUUGAUGGGGAUGUGGUUAUGGGCCAGACCAACUCGAGGAAAGGCUCGAAAUCAAAGAUUGCACCGCCAGCUCAACGAUUCCUCAACGCGACGGAAGUCAAAGCAAGCCUGGUAUUAUUGUUUGAAAAGGAACAAGAUAUUUUGUCUCUGAUAUACGAUUCUCGAUCGACAGCUAAAAAGGCCACAAAGGUUUCUGCCGAUAUGUUCUUUUUACAGACCCUCAUGGUCCCCCCCAACAAAUAUCGCCCGGAAGCACGGACUGGAGACGGUGAAAUAUCGGAAGCGCAGCAAAACACCCUUUACAAGACUAUCCUCAAGAGUUGCGAAACGGUCGCUCAGAUCUACAACAUGAUCACCAAACCAGACCAAGCUGCAGACUACGCAUCAUGGCAGAAGAGGGACUACUAUGAUCUUCAGGAAGCCUGGUGCCAGCUUCAGGACACUGUAAACUCGUUGAUCGACCGAGAUCGGAACCCGAUCCAGGGAGCAGCUGGUAAGAAGAACGAAGAUGGAAUCAAGCAAAAGUUGGAGAAGAAGGAGGGUCUUUUCCGUAAAAACAUGAUGGGAAAACGAGUCAAUUUCGCAGCCCGUAGUGUUAUCUCCCCAGAUCCAAACAUCGAGACCAAUGAGAUUGGCGUUCCGCCAGUUUUUGCCAAAAAGUUGACAUAUCCGGAACCAGUGACAAGUCACAACUUCAAGGACAUGCAGCAGGCUGUGAUAAACGGAGUUGACAGAUGGCCCGGAGCUGCAGCGAUCGAAAACGAGAAUGGCCAAGUCAUCAGUCUGCGAACAAAAACACAAGACGAGCGACUAGCACUGGCAAACCAGCUACUUGCAUCCUCCAGCAAUAGUGCUAGUGGUGCUCGGAACAAGAAGGUCCAUCGACAUCUGACGAAUGGCGAUGUAGUCUUGAUGAACCGACAGCCGACACUGCACAAGCCGUCCAUCAUGGGCCACAGAGCAAGGGUACUUCCUGGAGAAAAGACGAUUCGCAUGCACUAUGCGAAUUGCAAUACCUACAAUGCGGACUUUGACGGAGACGAGAUGAAUAUGCAUUUUCCACAGACGGAAAUUGCCCGGGCAGAAGCACUACAGAUUGCGGACACGGAUCACCAAUACCUGGUCGCCACUUCUGGAAAGCCACUCAGAGGUCUUAUUCAAGAUCACAUUUCGGUCUCUGUCUGGAUGUGUAAUCGAGACACAUUCUUUGACCGUGCAACAUACCAGCAGCUAAUCUACAAUUGCCUUCGGCCCGAAAGCGGGCAUAUCAUCGGAGAUCGCAUAGAGACAGUCCCUCCAGCAAUCAUCAAGCCAUUUCCACGAUGGAGUGGAAAACAGGUAAUAACCACAAUACUGAGAAACAUCACUCCGGUCGAUUGCGGCCCGCUCACUCUUACCAGCAAGUCGUCCACCCCACAGGAUCGAUGGAGCGAAAAGUCCGAGGAAGGCAUCGUUCAUUUCAAAGGAGGAGAAUUCAUUACCGGGAUCCUGGACAAGGCCCAGAUAGGCCCCACCGGGGGAGGGUUUGUUCACUCGAUACAUGAGGCAUAUGGUCCGACCGUGGCUGGAAAGGUUCUCAGUAUCCUGGGCCGACUUCUGACGAAGUUUUUGCAUAUGAGAGCUUUCACAUGCGGGAUGGAUGAUCUUCGUCUAACGGCCAGAGGCGAAAGACUGCGGAAAGAAACGCUCGAAGCUGCAGAAGACCUUGGACUCCAAGUUGCUGCAAAAUAUGUUACUUUGAGUGGCGAAGACCGUAACGAUACCGAUCCCGAGCUUCUAAGACGACUAGAAGACGUGCUCAGAGAUGAUUCCAAGCAGGCAGGCUUGGAUAUGCUGAUGAACAACAGCUCACAGAAGCUCUCCUCCGACAUUACCAAGGCUUGUCUCCCAGGCGGCCUGGUCAAACAGUUCCCCAAGAAUCAAAUGCAGAAUAUGACUGUGUCUGGAGCAAAAGGAACCGCAGUCAAUGCUAAUCUGAUUUCCUGCAAUCUUGGCCAGCAAGUCUUGGAGGGUCGGCGUGUCCCGGUCAUGGUCAGUGGGAAAUCACUACCAUGUUUCAAGCCAUUCGAAACCCAUAUCAGAGCUGGAGGGUAUAUUGUCAAUCGUUUCCUGACUGGCAUCAGACCCCAAGAGUACUACUUCCAUGCCAUGGCUGGUAGAGAGGGUCUAAUUGAUACUGCUGUCAAGACUUCUCGAUCUGGAUAUCUUCAACGAUGUCUUAUCAAGGGUAUGGAAGGUCUCAGAGUCGAGUACGACACCUCAGUGCGAGAUUCUGACGGAUCUAUGGUUCAGUUUCUCUACGGAGAAGACGGCCUUGAUGUGACCAAACAAAAGCACUUGACAGAUUUCAAGUUCCUCCUUCAGAACCUCAGUUCCGAACUCUCGCAGUUAAACUAUGGCGAUCCAAAGUACGCUACAAUCUUCGAGGAGAAGGAUGCUAUUCUGAAGCGAAUGAAGAAAGCUGUCAAGCACGCCAAUGCUAACGAUCCGAAUGGCCCAGAUCCUGUUCUGGCAGAUUUCAACCCUGGAAAAUACGGCUAUGCUACGUCAGAGAAGUUUUUCGACGCAUUGACUGAUUACUUGAAAACCAAUCCGGACAACAUGGUGAAAACCAAAGAAACGCCCGACGGAAUUGGUGUCAGAAAGGCGCUCGAGCCUGUUCUCGUAGCCAAGUACUUGAAAUCGGUUGUUGAUCCUGGAGAGGCUGUUGGUAUCGUGGCUGGUCAGUCCGUAGGAGAGCCGUCGACACAGAUGACCCUCAAUACCUUCCAUUUGGCUGGCCACUCAGCAAAGAAUGUUACUUUGGGUAUUCCGCGUCUAAGAGAAAUUGUCAUGACCGCAAGUAAUCACAUCUCAACACCUUCGAUGACACUCCAGCUCAACCCUGAACUCUCACGCGAAGACGGGGAGAAAUUUGCCAAGGCUAUUAGCGUCCUAUCUCUAGCUGAGGUACUGGACGAAGCUAGAGUUGAAGAACGCAUCGGACAAGGAAUCGCCUAUUCCCAGGCCAAAAUAUUCGAUAUCAAUGUCAAGCUCUUCCCAUCGAAAGAGUACACCGAGACCUACGCCAUCACAGUAGCAGAUGUACUUUCCACAUUCGAGAAGAAAUUCGCCCCAAAAUUGCAGCAAUUGACGCGGAAGGCGCUCGGCAAGAAGAAGGGAGAGUCUGCACUGAAGGCUUCAGCAAAUACGGCAGCAGUUCCUGAGAUUGGUAAGUCUAUAGGUGUCAUCGAAGAAGCCGGCCCUGCAGCCGAGAGAGAAGUCGGAGAGGAUGAUGACGAUGACGACGGGGACGAUGAUGCAACGAACGACAAGCAAAGGGCUAAUCGCACCGAGGCUAUCAGCUAUGCAGCCAACGACGAGGAUGAUGACAAGGUCCAAGCUCAGAUGCAAAAGGAAGCCGAUCCAGAAGAUGUCGAGGACAUGGACGACGAAGGAAUCGGCGGUUCACCUCGCGACCCAGGAACUGAUGAUGAAGAGCACAUAAACAAAUCAACUUCCCGACUUCGGAAUGAAUCAACCGUGUCCGACGAGCGAGAAGCCCGUGUCAUGAAGGCAUGCAACGACAUAGUCAGUUUCCGCUUCGACGAAUCCAAAGGAGAAUGGUGCAAUUUGACGCUUGAAUACGACGCCGACGUCCCCAAGGUCCUCAUGCUUUCCGUCGUCGAAGAUGCGCUUCGCCAAUCUCUCAUCCAGCAGAUUCCUGGCUUAGCAACCUGCACAUUCGUACCAGACGAGAAAUUCACCGACCCAGUCACUGGCAAGGAGAUCAGACUCCCAGUCGUACACACCGCGGGCGUGAACCUGCAAGCCAUGCAAGCAUACCCCCAUAUAAUCAACCCCAAUCUAAUCUCUACCAACGACAUCGCAGCCAUGCUCACAAACUACGGCGUCGAAGCCUGCCGCGCAGCCAUCAUCCAGGAACUCUCUGGCGUCUUCGGCGGUCACGGAAUCACUGUUGACCACAGACAUUUAAACCUGAUUGCUGACUUCAUGACUCGAGGGGGAGGAUUCAGUCCGUUUAAUAGAAAUGGGCUCCGAGGAAGCGUUAGCCCGUUCAUGAAGAUGAGUUUCGAGACGACGGUAGGCUUUCUGGCAGAUGCAGUGACUGAGGGUGAUUGGGAUGAUUUGUCAAGUCCCAGUGCAAGGAUCGUUAUUGGGAGGAUGAGUAAGGUUGGGACUGGGGCUUUUGAUGUGUUGACUCAAGUGCCGACGAAGAAGGGGGACGAGGUUGAGGUGUGAAGGGUACCAGGACACCUUGGUGGAUGGAUGAUGUGUAACGAAGAAGAUGCAGAGCUUGCUUACACUUUGGGAGUUUGGGAAGGAAUCGUCUUUCUAUGGAGUUCGGUACAUAGCAAAAAGUCAGGGGCGUUUUUCAGUACAUGCGAUUUUAUAGUAAUCCCUCUUCGAGCCAAGUUUGCUCUGUGAUAUCACUUGCUGGUUAGAAGACGAAGAUCAAGAAAUGAGCGAUAAGGAAGUUGGCAUU